AUGGAGCAGCAAAUAGUCCAGCUCCUCCACGACACCCAGUCGCCCAACGAUGCUCCUCGUCGCAACGCUGAGCUGCAGCUUCGCCAGCUCUACACGAACCCAACCUUUGCUCCCACCCUGAUCGCCGUCGCUACACAUCAAUCCAUCGACCUACCCACUCGCCAAGCUGCUCUGCUGUUCCUCAAGCAGUUUGUACAGCAAGUAUGGUCUCCCCAGUUCGAAGAGUUCAAGGGCGAGAUGCUCGUCUCUGUCGAAGACCGUGCAAACCUGAGACAAGCUCUACUUGACCUGGCCACCGAUGCACACCAGGAGAGAAAGAUCAAGAGUGCUGCUUCUAUCGUUGUUAGCAAGAUUGCUACUGCCGACUUUCCUGAUGAAUACCCGAACCUCCUUCCCACCCUAUUACACAUCAUCAACAACGGCCAGGACGGUCAACUACAUGGUGCCCUCAAGGUCCUGCAAGACUUGGUUGACGACUGCUUCAACGAUGAUCAAUUCUUCAAUGUCGCCCACCAGAUCGUCUCGUCUGUCUUCGCUGUCGCAACCAGCUCACGCCCUACCAUCCUUCGCGCUCUGGCUGUUUCCGUCUUCAGAUCAUGCUUCGAUAUGCUAGAAAUGGUCUUGGAGGACCACAAGUCUGCUGUCAAGUCUUUUGCUGAAGAGACUCUCAACAACUGGUACCCCUUCUUCCUCGCUACUUUGAACAUGCCCAUCCCAGCCACUCCUGUCGAGCAAGAAGAGUCCCAAAACCCUGUCGCUGAGGAAUAUCGUGGCAUUAUCGCCCUCAAGUUGCAAGUCGUCAAGGUCUUGAUGCGUAUUCGUUCCAUCUUCCCCUCGGUUCUGGCUCCCCAGGCUCCUGCUCUCUUUGCCGCAACAUGGCAAGAGCUCAACAAUCUACGCCAACCAUAUCAUGAAUCUUUCAUCCUCCAUGAUCGCCAAGGUAGACUUGAAGAUGCUGAUGGUCUGCCGUUCACUCUGGAUUUCCUGGUGCUCGAAGAGCUGGACUUUAUGCAGGCUUGUCUUCGUGCAGCUCCUGUCCGAAAACAGCUCGAAGAGCAACUGCAAUCUCAGUCAAUGCCAGACACAUGGAUCACAGAGGUUAUGAAGCUUACUGUGACGUAUGCCCACAUUACCACGGAAGAGGAAGGCUUGUGGGACAUUGAUCUCAACAUCUUCCUUGCUGAGGAAUCAAAUGUCACUGCAAACUACACUCCUCGUACUGCUUGUGCUGACUUGGCCAUCAAACUCGGCGAGUGGCAGAGUGCUGGUGCCAUCGAGGGUCUGCUACAUUACACCCGCGAGCUCUACUCGACUGACUCAAGCUGGAAGGCAAAGGAGUCUGCUCUUUUCAUCCUCAACCAACUCUUGACUGACUUCUCUGAUGCUGAGCGACCGAUAGCUCCUGAAAUUGCUAGUGCCUACAUCGACUUUAUCAGAUAUGCAAUGCAGCAGGAACACGUCUUCCUUCGAGCUAGAGGUCACUUGACCGCUAGUAGUCUGGUCCGCACCGCUGACUCUGCUCUCGGAGCCGUGGCAUCCUCGCUUAUGGAACAAUCACUGCAUGCAAUUACCAAUGACCCCUCUGACGUGGUCAAGGUGUCUUGCAUUCGUUCCAUGCAAGCAUAUCUCACCGGCGUUACUUCUGCCAACAACGUCUCGAUGCAGCCUGCCAUCAUCAGCGCUAUUCAUACAUUCGUCACUGAGCUUGACUUCAGCGACAUGGACGAGUCAGAGGAUGUCAUGAUUGCCAUUGUCGAGACAUUGCGUGAUGCCAUUAUGAUUGACACUCGCAUUUGUUUGACUGGCUCUGGUUUGGAUGUCCUUUUCACCAUUGCCAGUUGGUGCGCUGUCAACUACCAGAUUUACAUCCUCAUUGCCGAGACAUUUGAGGACAUCUCGGAGACUCUGUCAGGUGCUGGUCCUGAGGUCUACACACAACUCUGUGCCAAGGUUUUGCCUUCGUUAUCAGGAGCAUUUGAUGUUGCUAACCUCACUGAUGAGAACUCCUUGACCAACCUUGCUGCAGAUAUGCUUUCUGAUCUCGCAAAGAAUGGCCCCUCACCACUACCUCAGGGCUUCAUCGUCACCAUCAUGCCCAAGCUCACACGUCUUCUACUCGAAUCUCCCGACGAAGAGUUGCUUAAGUCAGCAACCUCUGGCACUCGGUAUAUGCUGGAGAAAGACCCCGAACAAAUGUUCAAUUGGGCAAACCACGACGGUAAGAGUGGUCUCGAAGUCAUUCUAGUCAUCAUCGACCGUCUUCUUGGUCCUUCUGUUGACGACAAUGCCGCCGGUGAGGUCGGUGGUCUUGCUGCCGCCUUGGUCGAGAAGGCUGGGUCCGAAAGACUUGGUCCAUACUUGGCACAAUUGCUGAGCGCUGUCGCCCACAGACUCAGCACUGCCACACAGACGCAGGUCAUCCAGAGUCUGAUUCUUGUAUUUGCAAGACUAUCUUUGCUUUCGGCCAGAGAGGUUGUUGACUUCCUUGCUCAACUCGCUAUCGGCGAAGAGAGCGGUCUGCAAGUCGUUCUAACCAAGUGGCUUGAGAACUCCAUCAACUUUGCCGGUUAUGAUGAGAUCAGACAGAACAUCAUCGCUCUCUCCCGCCUUUACGACCUUCACGACCCCCGCCUCGACACUGUUCAGGUAAAGGGCGACAUGAUCAUGCCUACAUCUACGCGCAUCAUGACUAGGAGCCGUGCCCGUGCCAACCCCGACCAAUAUACCAUCAUCCCCGCCCCUCUCAAGAUCGUCAAGAUCCUCGUCGAUGAACUUCUAGCCAACAACGUUUCUCGUAGUGUUGAAACACUGGCUCCAGCCUCUGAGCUCGAAAAGGCAGAAUCCGUCGGUAGUGGCGACUCGGAUUGGGAAGACGACGAUGGGUUCUUGGACUUGGGUACUGGUAUGACUAAGGAGGCUUUGAUGGGCAUGGUUGCGGAUGAUAUGCCUAGCAGAAGCAGAGAUGAUGAGACUCAAGGAUAUCUGCUCCAGUGGUUUGCUACCAAGGCACGGGAAGAUGGCUUUGGGCAGGUGUUUGGACAGUUAACUACUGACGAACAGGAAAAGUUGAGGUCUAUGGCGUGA